CGCGUCAAGAAAACAACGCCAACAACUGAUCAUCGUAUCUAACGUCGUGGCCUUCUUCAUCCACCACACCUAAGUAUUGUGUUUCUGAUGGCAUUACCACAAUCUUUAAGAACAUCCGUGACUCCACUAGAGCUUGAGCUCAUCGCCUCCGAGCAACUCGUCGAGAUUGUUCCCUUGAUCACAAUGGAAAAGACAGCUUUCAUUUCGGGCGCCUAUGGACCACUACGACCGCCAGCAAAAUGUCGCAUACCCCUUUGGAUGGCGACUAAUCUGAAGCUGAAGAAGAAAUGCCAUAUCAUACCACCGGAAUGGCUCAGUGUAGAUUUUUUGCAGGAACGACUAACAAGAGAAACGAGUCGACCUGAAUUUAGCAAGUUGCCUUUCCGAUUUGCAGAGAUAGCGAAAGUCAUUCUUGAUGUUGCCUCGGAUGAUGUGCAAAAUGCAGACAAAAUCAAGUCUUUACUAAAAGACCUUCGCGAAGCUCGACAAGCUAAAAGUCGUGACGGUUUGCAAAAGUUAGAUCACAGCGAGCUCAGUUUACCCAACUUGUGCUCUAUGGAAAUCAACGAGAUCCGACCUUUCUUCAUACACGCCAUGGGAGUACUGACACAGCUUGUCAGAGAGCCUUCUGCUGAGUAGCCUUUAGCUUCUUGCCCUCGGUCACAGAAACCCGCCGUCCAGCCUCUUGCACGCCGUAUAGCAUUAGUACAAGCACGGUGAAUGCAGAAGCCUGGAGUCCAUCAACUCUGCAAGUGUGUACUUCAAAAGGAUGUACUAGG